UCUCUAGCUAGCUUAAAAUUUCUAAUUCUCGGGAAAAAAACCUCUACCUACUUCUUUUAUCUAUAGCUAAAUAUUUUACCUUAGAAAAAUGGCUACUACUCUUUCUGAAGCCUAUCGAGAUCACCCUCUGCACCUUCAUCAUAUUAUCCCCUUAGACUUUUCUUCAUUUAGAACUUUGCCUGACUCCCAUGCAUGGCCUCAAUCUAAUGAUGAUGGUAGUGAUAAUUUCACAUCCAAUGGAUGCUAUGACAAUGAUGAUGAAGAUGGAUCAUGCAUACCAAUCAUUGAUCUCAAUGAUCCUAAUGCUAUGGAACAAAUAGGCCUUGCAUGUGAGAAGUGGGGUGCCUUCCAAUUGAAGAAUCAUGGCAUACCCUUAAAUUUUAUUGAAGAGGUUGAAGAAGAGGCAAAGAGACUCUUUUCUCUUCCUUCCAAGGAGAAACUUAAGGCCCUUAGAUCGGCCGGUGGCGGCACCGGAUACGGUAGAGCUCGAAUAUCACCAUUCUUCCCCAAAUUCAUGUGGCAUGAAGGAUUCACAAUUAUGGGGUCCCCAUCCAAUGAUGCUAAAAAGAUCUGGCCUAAUGACUACAAACGGUUUUGUGACACAAUGGAGAACUACCAAAAGCAAAUGAAGACACUAGCAGAGAAACUAACAAACAUGAUAUUGAACAUAUUAGGAAUUUCACAAGAACAAAACAAAUGGAUUGGUUCUAACAACCAUGUUGGAGCAAUGCAACUAAACUUCUACCCAUGUUGUCCCGACCCAAAAAAAGCAAUGGGUCUGGCCCCACACACAGACACAUCCCUUUUCACAAUCCUCCAUCAAAGUCAAACAAAUGGACUUCAAUUAUUCAAAGAAGGUGUAGGGUAUGUUCCUGUGGACCCUCAUCCAAAUACACUUGUUGUUAACACUGGUGACAUUCUUCAUAUAUUGUCAAAUUCUAGGUUUCGAUGUUCUCUUCAUCGUGUUGUUGUGAAUGAUAUUAGUGAUAGAUAUUCUGUGGCUUAUUUUUAUGGACCUCCAGUUGAUUAUUUGGUAUCUCCUUGUGUUGGUGAUAAUUCUUUGCCACGUUUUCGUGCUUUGACCGUCAAAGAUUAUAUUGGGAUUAAAGCCAAGAAUUUAGGGGGUGCUUUGUCUUUGAUUAGUACAUUACUUGAUCAUGAUGAUUAAUGUUGAAUGUUAUUAAUCUUUCUUUUAUAUUUUUGUAGAAAAUAAAUAUUGUACAUCUUUUGUAUACAUUAUAGUUGUAACUUUUAUAUUUUUCAUUUCUCCUUUUAUGAUUUCAUUUUUGUUUCUUCUACUUGUAACAUACGGUCUAAAAAGAUACUUGUAAUUAGUGGCGGUAUAUCUUUCCUAUCCAACAAAAAAUGGUGGUAUUUCUUU